ACAAUUUUUGGAAGUAUAAUGAUGGCUCUGAGUAUAGAAAAAUGGAAAGGAAUAUCUGGGGAAAAGCAUGAAUAAAAACAUUUAAAUAUAGGUGGAUUACAGUGGGAUAAGUGAGUAAUAGUGAAAAUUCUACUGAGGAGAGGUAAAUAAAUUAUACUGAAGAGAGGUUAUUUUAUUGACAUGUGGGAUAAAGAAAAUUGUGGUUUUACAUAGGAGGGAAUUAACAGCAGUGAUGGAGACAAUAUGAGUAAGUGGAGAGACAACAGGAAAACAAUCACUUAUAAACACUUCACAUAUAUACAAUAUAUCUUACUGUAUUAUAAACAUAUAUAAUCACUAUAGUAUAAUGAGAAGGUUGGAAGACAUGGAGACAUAACUGUUGCACUGUUAUAGUUACAUAAUUAUUUUGAUAAUCAGUUGUGUUCCCUAAUGACUUAUCUUUGUAAUAUUUGCUUUUAUUCUUAUUUAGAUUCCUUUCAUCCAGUGAUUUACUUUUCCUGUAAUUAACAACUACUCUGUCUUUGGGACUUGUUAUUCAGUGGCACAUAAAAGAAUGAUUGCAUUUGUCCUUUGGAAUUUAAGGCAUAAGGAAAUAAUACACCAACACAGAAAAUUAUCAAAUGUGCAGUUAAAAAAAUAGAUAUGUGGGCAAGGAACUGGAUAUUGAAAUGGAGACACAAAUAUUAACUUACUUAGAGUCAAUUAGUAUAUCCUUUCUGAAGGUAGUAACUUUUAGACCUGGACAGUGAAAACAAGGUGGUAUAUAAAGAACCCAUUUCUGAGAAAUGAAACAUUUUGUGGGUAGCUCUAAAUGAUGGGAAAUGUAGUUUUGAUGUAGGAGGUGAAAAAAGAUUUGGUGAAAAGUGAUAAUGGUUUAAAAUGGAGUCUUAUAAGCAGCACCUUGGUAUCUCUGGUUAAGUGAUUGGAUUCUAUUGUUAAAAAGAAAAAAAAAUGUUACAAAAUUGUUAGCAUGAAUAGAUUAUCACAUUUUGAUCUGCACUAUCAGUAUCUCUACAAGACAUUGAUGAUUAUUUCUACAUCCAUAGAUGUUUUCACUUUAUCUGGGUUGGUUCCUGAACAUCAGUACUUUACAACAAGCUUCCUAGGUGAUGAUCAAUACCUAAAUUUCAGAUCAACCGACUUAAUCUGCUUCCCUUACCACAAACCUCACAACCUUACAUUAUGCUCUUAUCAUUCUCUGAGCUCCUUAGCUUUCUUCAAACUUCUUUACAGUAUUUGAAUCUUCACUUAUAUUGUGAAAUCAGUUUGUUUCUUCUGCAUUCUAUAGCUGUUUUAAUUUUGUGACACAUGAAAGUUUUUUGUUUUGUUUUGUUUUGUUACCUUUCAGAUUUGGAGUCCAAGUAUGACAGAAAGAGUUUAUCUAUAGGGAAAAACAUUAUUGAAAACAAUGGUUCUCAGUGGGAAGUAAUAGAAAGUAAUAAGUUCAUUGAUCUUGAUAAAUCGAUUUUCAGAAGUGGCUGGCAAAGGAAAAGCAAGAUUGAAGUGCAGACACCGAAAGUGAGAGAUUUCAGUCAAACAAAAAUCAUCUUAGAACAAGUGCCCAAUUACAAAAAUCAUAAAUUUCUAACAUCACAUCAGAGAAUUCAUGAUAGGAAGAAGCCCUGUGACUAUAAGGAAUAUGGGAAGGUCUUCAGCUGUGACAUAAACUUUGAUGAAUAUGAGAUAAUACAUACUGAUGAGAAAACUUAUGAAUGUAAUGGAUAUUACAAAACCUUUGGAGUAGAUGACCCAAAUAUCCAACAACUAAAUAUUCAUACUGAUGUGAAACCUUGUAAAUAUAUGGAAUAUGGAAAUACAUUCAGUUUUUAUAAAGACCUUAAUAUACAACAGAAAAUUCAUGAUGAUCAGAAGUGCUAUAAAUGUAAGGAAUAUGGAAGGACAUUGAGAAGAGUGAAAGAAAUUACUCCACUUCAAAGAAUACAUGAUGGUGAGAAACCCUAUGAAUGCACUUUCUGUGGGAAAUUCUUUAGAGUACAUGCACAACUUAAUCAACAUCAGAAAAUCCAUGUUGAUGAGAAACCUUACAAAUGUAUGGAAUGUGACAAGGACUUCAGAUUUCAUUCAAAGCUAACAGAGCAUGAGAGGAUCCAUACUGGUGAGAAACCAUACAAAUGUAUACAAUGUGAGAAGGUGUUUAGAAUUAGUUCACAGCUUAUUGAACAUCAGAGAAUUCAUACUGGUAAGAAACCCUAUGAAUGCAAGGCAUGUGGAAAGGUAUUUAGAAAUAGUUCAUCCCUUACUAGACAUCAAAGAAUUCAUACUGGUGAGAAACCCUAUAAAUGUAAGGAAUGUGAGAAAGCUUUUGGAGUAGGUAGUGAACUUACUCGACAUCAGACAAUUCAUAGUGGUCAGAAACCUUAUGAAUGUAAAGAGUGUGGGAAGUUCUUUAGGCUUACUUCAGCCCUUAUUCAACAUCAAAGAAUUCAUAGUGGUGAGAAACCUUAUGAAUGUAAAGUAUGUGGGAAGGCCUUUAGACACAGUUCAACAAUAACUGAACAUCAGAGAAUUCAUACUGGAGAGAAGCCUUAUGAAUGCAAGGUGUGUGGGAAGGCCUUUAGACAUAGUUCAUCCUUUACGAAACAUCAAAAAAUCCAUAUUGGUAAGAAACCCUAUGAAUGUAAGGAAUAUGUGAGUAUCUUUAGUGUGAGCAAGCAUCUUACUUGAUAUCCAAAAAGUAAUAUUGGUGAGAAGUCUUGAAAGGCACAUACAAAGGCCUUUUGUUUGAGUUUCACUGGAAAAACUGUAUGUUUAAUAAAAAUUAAUCAAGGGAAUUCACUAUCUCUUAUUAAAUCUUUUUUCCAGAUGUUAUGGCCACUCUAGAAUUGCUCAGUCAUAGGUGAUACUUUCAGCUUUGUUAGAUAUUGCCAGAAGUUUUUUCAUAUCAAUUAACAUUCUGAAUAUCCAUUUAUGUAGGAUGGUCCCUAUUAAUCCAUCUUAAAUGUGUGGAAAAUGUAUUUCCCUAAUUAUAAAUUAUUUGAGUUAUUUUCUUA